AUGGGAAACAGACAAGUGGUACUCGGUGUAGAUCGCUUGGACUACAUGAAGGGUCUACCGCAUAAGCUGAACGCCUUCGACAGCUUCCUGCAACAGCACCCAGAGAUGAGAGAUUCCGUCUUGUUGCUGCAAGUCGCAGUCCCCACACGAACGGGCGUGCACGAAUACCAGAAGCUCAAGACCAAAGUUCACGAGCUGGUGGGGCGCAUCAACGGAUCGAGGGGGAGUCUUUCGCGCGUGCCUCUUCAGUCGUUAGAUCGCUCCGUUAGUCCCGUGGAUUUGUGCGCCUUAUAUUUGGUGGCGGACUGCCUGCUGAUCACUUCGCUGAGGGACGGCAUGAACCUCGUAGCCUUAGAAUUCGUGGCUUCGCAGGGACCUGGAGUUUUGAUUCUUUCGGAGUUUGCUGGAGCCGCGGAGUUUCUCCAAGACGGAUCUCUCAUCAUCAAUCCAUGGAACGAGCAGCAGAGUGCUCAAGCGCUGUAUUCGGCCCUUACUAUGCCCAGGGCAGAGAGAGAGGAGCGACACAGGAAGCUGAUCCAGGUUGUGAUCUCCAACACCAGCACAGUUUGGGCUCAGAAAUUCAUCACUGCCCUCAAAGAAGCCUCAGAUGAAUCCGAGGGAGUACGCGCGUCAGUGCCUCCUCUGCUCCAACCCACAUCGCUGCUGCCUGCCUUUUUGAGAUGCCGUCGUCCUCGCCUGGUAGUUGUCAGCAUUUGGGGAGGCCUCUUGCCCGUUCGCAGUCGCACAAGCCUCCCACUCCCCGAGCGUACCCCCGAUCCCCUGCCUCCUUCCGUCGCUGCUGCCCUUACUGCCCUUGCUGGCCUUCCUCAAACCGCAGUGGUGGUGCUUACGGAGCAUCCACGGACGGCAGUUGAGCAGCUUUUCGCAGAUAUUCCCGUCUGCGUCGCUGUAGAAAAGGGGGCCAAAUACCGCACGCGAGGCGGCGAAUGGAUUACUCUUUUAGAGGAGUCCACGCUGCAGGGCCUGGAUGACUGGAUGCCGAGUACUCGCACUGUCAUGGAUUACUACCAAGAGAGAACUCCCGGAUCGUUCGUGGAGUCUACAGUGGGAACCCUCAAUUGGCACUGGGAUGAACUGCAACAGGCCUUUGGCAGGCAGCAAGCCACAGACCUCCUGGCCUAUCUCAGAGCCUCCAUCCACAGGCAUCACGAGGAACAGCAGCAGCAGCAGCAGCAACAGCAGCAACAGCAGCAGCAACAGCAGCAACAGGAAGAAGCGCAACACGAGACCAACCGCAGCAGCAGUGGCGCGCUACACGAAGACAAUACUCUCAGCUCCAACACCCAGCAGUCGCAGUCGCAGCAGCAUCCCUGCAACUGCCGCGUAGAAGUUGUCUUGGGGCCUCGUUCAGUGGAAGUGCGGGAUGUGGCCUGCAGCAGGAAGCAGCUUCUGCUGCGUGUAGUGGAGAAGGAGUUCGGUUCCGCGUUCCUGCGCUCUGUCGGCUUCUACUUAUGUGUGGGUAGCUUUGCUUGGAGGGAGGAAGACCUUUACGAGCUUUUCGAUGAUGAAGUAGACACGCUAUCGGACUCCGCAGACUUACAAGACACCCUGCCUGCGCGUGUCGAGCCGGGUGUCUCUGCUUCUUUUUCGGGGGCGCCAGAGGAAGGCGAGGUGGACACAGAGGAAGAGGAUGCGAGACAGACUAGAAAGGAAGGAAACAUUGGGUUGAAACAAACUUCAGGGGUUGCUGUCGGCGGGGUCUCCACGAAAGUGAUGAAUGAAUGCCUCGGGACAAUAUCGUGCGCCUGUGUGGUCGGUGUAUACGCACCUGGGUGCGAACGUUCGGACGGUUGUAGUGACGGUCUGGCAGCGCACGUGCCGUCUAGCAGACUCUCCCUGCCUUCUUAUGCCGGAACCCCAAGGGAUAAGGGCAGCAAAAAGAAGCGGGGAGAGAGAGCUCCCAUGGAAAGACACUCCAUAAUUUUGUUUUGUGUUGGUUUGGGGGCUAAACAUGUGUCUUUGUGGAGACCCUUUAUAAAAGUUCGCUACAUGCGCACCCGUCAAUGCCAGAGUGCAGACGCAGCAGCCGCACAAAAGUGCGGGCCCGAACUGCAGGUGUCGGCUCGAACUGGGUGUCAAGCUGCUCUUGUUUUUAUUUCGUAUCUUCGGGAAGUCUAG